AUGAAGCUCCCAGACAUUGUCCUUCUGGGACUCAUCCCUUCUCUAAUCACCAUCCACCUACUCCUCUCCCCAGACACAAAAGUAGAGGAAUCAUUCAACAUCCAAGCGACCCACGAUGUUCUCGUCUACGGCACACCAACCAGCGACAUCGCUUCCCGCUUCCGCGCCUCCUACGACCACUUUGACUUUCCCGGCGCCGUUCCUCGCACCUUCGUAGGCCCCGUCCUCCUCGCAGGCAUCGGUGGUCCCAUCGUGUCCCUAUUCGGCUUCGCGCACGCCCAGCUCGUCGUCCGCUUGCUGCUGGGUCUCGCGAAUGCUGCUGCGCUCAUCCUCUUCGCUCGCAGCCUGGGCAAGGGGCUGGGCGUAGAUGUGCAGCGAUGGUGGAUUUUGUUGCUUGCUAGCCAGUUUCACGUCAUUUUCUACGCGUCAAGAACGUUGCCCAACAUGUUUGCCUUCGCGCUGACAACUCUCGCCUCUGCAAACCUUCUCCCCCAUCCUAACCCCCGGAUCUCAUCCCCCCGCCAGCGCGUUGCUGUCUCCCUCCUCGUCUUCGCCGCCGCAAUCUUCCGCUCCGAAGUCGCCCUUUUGCUCGCCACUACGGGCCUCUACCUCCUGCUGACGUCGCAAACCACGAUCCCACGCCUGAUCCGUCCCUUCGCAGUGAGCUUUACCGUCGCCCUCGUUGUCUCGGUGCCCCUGGACUCGUACUUCUGGCAGAAGCCCCUCUGGCCCGAGCUCUGGGGCUUCUACUACAAUGCCGUCCUCGGCUCUUCUUCCGACUGGGGCGUCUCGCCUUGGCACUUCUACUUUACAUCCGCUCUCCCUCGCCUGCUCGUCAACCCCCUGACUUUCAUUCUUCUCAUCCCCGUAGCUCUAACCCAGCCAGGGACAUCCAACGUAGCCCGCGGCCUCGUCAUCCCCUCCCUCCUCUUCGUUGCAAUCUACUCCAUCCAGCCUCACAAGGAAGCCCGCUUCAUCUUCUACGCCGUCCCGCCCCUGACGGCGGCGGCCGCCCUCGGCGCAAACUACAUCUUCGCCCGUCGCACCAAAUCUCUCGUCUUCGCCCUCGCCUCCUCGGCCCUCUGUCUCAGCAUCCUCGCCGCGUUCGCCGCCUCGACGGGCAUGCUGCUCAUCUCCUCCCUCAACUACCCCGGCGGCGACGCCCUCCGCCAGCUCCACGCCCUCGUCGGCUCCGGCCCCUCGCCGGGCAAGAGCCCCGCCAGCUCCUCCGUGACGGCCGUACACACCGACGUGCUGAGCUGCAUGACGGGCGUCACCCUCUUUGGGCAGAACCCGGCCGGGCUGCCCAAGAACCCCCACUCGCGCGCUCUGGAGAACAGCCUCAACAGCGACGCGACGACGGCCGCCGCGGUGCCGGUGAUGACCUUUGACAAGACGGAAGACAAGUCCGUCCUCGCGGACCCCGCGUUCUGGUCGCGGUUCGACUACGUGCUUGCCGAGGACCCUGCGUCCGUCAAGGGGGGCCAGUGGGAGACCGUCGGCGUCGUGCAGGGGUACGCUGGGAUCGAGAUCCUGAAGCCUGGUGCCGUCGUGGCCGGGGAGCAGGACACCGAAGAAGGAGAGAAGGUCCUCGGCAGAGGUUUGUGGGUUAAGAGGAUUCGUGACAAGGUCAGGUCGUUGACUGGUGGCUGGUGGGCUGGGCCGCGGAUGGAGCCUAGAAUCCGCAUCUUGAAGAGAGUCAAGGACGCGGGUUCCGGGGCGAGGAUUGUGUCCCAAUAA